UUCAGUUCUACCCAGGUCAGAUCCAAAUACUGGUGGUCCCAAGAAAUUCACUGAAGCAGACCAUUUUGAAAUAAAACAUUAAAAAAAGACAAAUCAAGAUGCUUUAGUAACCAUAUGUCCAACUCAAUCAACUUAAAUGAGUUUUAUUUACUUCCCACUAACAAGGAAAGCAUAAAGACAGAUGAACCAUCAAGUGAGGAGAGUGAUCUAGAAAUUGACAAUGAAGGUGUAAUUGAGCCAGACACUGAUGCCCCUCAAGAGAUGGGAGAUGAAAAUGGAGAGAUAACUGAGGAGAUGAUGGAUCAAGCAAAUGAAAAGAAGGGGGCUGCCAUUGAAGCCCUAAAUGAUGGUGAGCUGCAGAAAGCAAUUGACUUAUUCACUGAUGCCAUCAAACUAAAUCCUCGCUUGGCUAUUCUGUAUGCCAAGAGAGCCAGUGUGUUCAUCAAAUUACAGAAGCCAAAUGCUGCUAUCCGAGACUGUGACAGAGCCAUUGAAAUAAACCCUGAUUCAGCUCAGCCAUACAAGUGGCGAGGGAAAGCACACAGACUCUUGGGUCACUGGGAAGAAGCAGCUCAUGAUCUAGCCCUUGCCUGUAAACUGGAUUAUGACGAGGAUGCCAGUGCAAUGCUAAAAGAAGUUCAACCUCGGGCUCAAAAAAUUGCUGAACAUCGGCUUUUGUUUUAA